AUGUCUUCUCUCUUCUCCUCCAUCCUCUCCUACGCCGGCGCGUCGCUGCCCGUCGUAUUCUUGGCCGGUCUCCUCUGGGUGACCGCCACCGUGCUGGACUCCGACUCCUCGCACUCGACGCGCAAGCGGAGGGUGCCUGGUCUUCUCUUGGCGACGAGGCACCCCCUAGCCGACGACGAUGCUUACGCCUCGCUCGUUCUCGCCCUCGAGUCCUUUUCCUUGUCCACCCCCGAGAAGAAGGAAGUGUCCUACGCGAAGCCCGAUGAGGAAGACAAGACUAUCGAGCGACAGAUGGAAGUCAACGCGGGUGCUCUCGUCGAGACUCCAGCUGAGACGACCUUCUUCCAGCCUGAGCCUGCUCCCCUCGCGCUCGCUGCCGCUACCUCGCUGGCUGCCAAGUUAAAGUUCGACGGCUUCCGCUGCGGUUCUGAUCCACUCGCCGCCUUUUCCCGAGGCUUCCAGCUCGCUCAGCCUGACCCUCCUCUCCUCGUUCUGUCUACCCCUGCUCACUCAGAUGCCUUGGGCGAGAAGGAAAUGCAGGAUGCUCCCCCUGUUCCUGUCCCCUCUUCGCCGCCAGUCGAGCACAUGGUCUUGGAUGUGAAGGCUUCUCAAGCUGCUCCAAGCACCAAGUCAUCGACGACAAGUACUUCCCCCGGCAUUCUGCGCAAGGUCAGCCAGAUCACCAAGCAAUUUGUCAACCUCCAGAUUCAGUCGUCUCCCGCGCCUGUUGACUUUUCACCUCUGGUGGAAAAGAUGGCACGGUGGAGUCUGAAUGACAACCAACAGACAAGCAAGGCUCAGAUCACACAGCCUACUUCGUCCGUACGGCCUCGACAAAUUCAGCACCAGAUCAAGUCACAGCCAACUCCGACUCCGGCUCCACCUCCUCGGACGGCUUCCCAGACAGCUUCUCGACAAUCUCCUGCGGCGCCAUCGCUUUCUCCUUCCUCCUCUGGUCAACCCUCCUCGAUGCCGGCAAUAGCCAGCCCAGCCAAGACAGAGAAGAAGCAAAUCAUCAGUGCCCCAGCCCAGCCCCCGUCUUCGGCAACCCCCAAGCCUCUUCCCAAGAGUGCAGCUCCCGCGACCCCACAGCGCCCUGCUGGCCAGCUUUCCCUCCCAGCAAUCCGCCCCAAGUCCCUGUUCGCAGCCGCUCGCAAGCCUCUUCCCCAGGUUGCCCGUCCCAAGUCGACUGCCUCUUCCUCCUCUGGACAACCCUCUCCGGCGAAGGCAACAGCCAUCCCCGCAACAGCAGAGAAGAAGGAGCCGACCCAGACGGCCUCGAGCUCCCAGCCUCUUCCCCAGCCUGCAGUUCCCACGCAGGCUGCCACCUCGUCCUCCUCUGGUCAAUCCUCCGCACCGGCGCAAGCCAGCGCAGCCAAGACAGAGACGAAGAAGCUAGCCACCAUGGGCGCGGUCAACUCGUUGCUCGCAAACAUGCUGGAUAGUUAUGAGGCUGAAGAGACCGAAGCAAAAGCUGAGAAGCCCGCACCCAAGCCGGCGCCCAAGCCCGAGACCAAGCCCGAGCCCAAGCCCGAGGCGAAUCUCGACGAACUGUCCUUUGAGGAAAUCGAGAGCCAACUGGCCCUCGAGGAAAUGGAGUUGCUGAAAGAGGAGAAGGAAGUUCCCAAGUACAAGGGCAAAGACCGCAAGAUCGCGCCUCUGAAGAGGAAGUAG